UUUCCAAACUCAAACAAUUUUAAGCUACAAAAUUACGUUUAUCACAAUGAAAAGUGCUCAUUUCAUCCUAGCAUUUUGUCUUUUGGCUCUAGCUUCCCCAUUAGCCUACGCAUCUGAUCCUAGUUCUCUCCAAGACUUCUGCGUAGCCAUCGGCGACCACAAGGAUGGUGUGUUUGUUAAUGGGAAGUUCUGCAAGGAUCCAAAGCUUGCCAAAGCAGAAGACUUCUAUUAUUCAGGGCUCAACAUUCCUAGAAACACAUCAAAUCCGGUAGGAUCCACUGUGACUCCCGUCAAUGUUGCUCAAAUACCGGGACUCAAUACUCUUGGCAUCUCAUUGGUUCGAAUUGACUAUGGACCAAAUGGUGGCCUAAACCCCCCUCACACUCACCCUCGUGCCACCGAAAUCCUAGUCGUUGUCGAGGGCACACUCUAUGUUGGCUUUGUGACAUCCAACACCGAUAAUCGUCUCAUUACCAAGGUCCUAUACCCUGGAGAUGUAUUUGUUUUCCCAAUUGGCCUCAUUCACUUCCAGUUCAAUGUGGGAAAAACCAAGGCCGUUGCCUUCGCUGGUUUGAGCAGCCAGAAUCCUGGUGUCAUUACAAUAGCCAAUGCAGUGUUCGGACCAAAUCCAUCUAUUAAUCCUGAUAUCCUUGUCAAAGCUUUCCAAUUGGACAAAAAUGUGGUGAAAAAACUUCAAUCAAAAUUUUGGUGGGCUAACAAUUAGGGCAGCUAUAAAUUAUAUCACCAUAUUUACUUGGAAUCAGGUAGAUAAUUUGUUUGAAAUGAUAUUUGACAUGUUUCCUCUUUGUAGUUUGAACUUUUUUUUUUCUUUUUGGAAAAGAAUCAAUAAAAAAUGAUUAGCCUAUGUACCCUAUAAGCCUCAUUGUUACAAUUAUGAAAGUUUUCAAUUUAGUUACUAAUAUUUUAGAUUAUUUCUAUUUUGGUUAUUCAUAUUUUUGAUUGUUUCUAUUUUAGUCACUUUUUGUUAAA